GCGGCUGAAGGGGCGGGGUCUAGGCAUAAGGCAAUCUAAGCUGCUCUGUGGUGCAAGAUGGCGGACAUCUCCUUGGACGAGCUUAUCCGGAAGCGCGGGGCUGCGGCAAAAGGACGGCUCAAUGUCAGGCCAGGAGUUGGAGGAGUUCGAUCUCAUGUUGGGAUCCAGCAGAGCUUUCUCAGCCAACCAGCACGCACAGCCACCUUCCAGCAGAGGUUUGACGCUCGGCAGAAGAUUGGCCUUUCGGAUGCCCGGCUCAAGCUGGGAGUCAAAGAUGCCCGGGAAAAGCUUUUGCAGAAAGAUGCCCGUUUCCGGAUCAAAGGGAAAGUGCAGGAUGCCAGAGAGAUGCUGAACUCCCGCAAGCAGCAGGGCACGGUGCCCCCGAAGCCCCACCAGGUAGCUGAUGCCCGAGAGAAGCUCAGCUUGAAGCGGAGUUCCCCUGCUGCCUUCAUGAAUCCCCCUGUCGGGACAGUGACCCCAGCUCUGAAGCUCACUAAAACCAUCCAGGUUCCACAGCAGAAGGCCAUGACCCCACCCCAUGCCCAUUCUGCUGGAAUGAGGAUUAAUGUCGUCAAUCAUCACCAGUCCAAACAGAAUGUGUAUGACUUGGACGAAGAUGAUGACAUUGCAGCUCCCAUUCCGAGUAAGAUGAAAUUUGCCGUCUCGGGCAGCUUUCUCCACCAUGUGGCUGGGCUGAGCAGUUCCAGGCUUUCCAUAUCUAAGGCCCCCCCUCUCACCAAAGUGGUUCAGAAUGAUGCCUACACAGCGCCUGCUCUCCCUUCCUCGGUUCGAACAAAAGCCUUGACCAACAUGUCCAGGACACUAGUGAACAAGGAGGAUUCCCCCAAAGAGCCGCCGCCUGCUGAGCCUAUCCUCAGCCCUUUGGAAGGUACCAAGAUGACUGUGAAUAACCUGCACCCUAGAGUUACCGAGGAGGACAUCGUUGAGCUUUUCUGUGUAUGUGGAGCCCUGAAGCGGGCUCGGCUAGUCCAUCCCGGGGUAGCGGAGGUGGUCUUUGUAAAGAAGGAUGACGCCAUCACUGCAUAUAAGAAAUACAACAACCGGUGUCUGGACGGGCAGCCAAUGAAGUGCAACCUUCACAUGAACGGGAACGUUAUCACCUCAGACCAACCCAUCCUGCUACGGCUGAGUGACAGCCCCUCGGUGAAGAAGGAGAGUGAGCUUCCUCGCAGGGUGAACCCUGCCGCCUCGUCCCACCCUCCCGCCGAAGUGGACCCGGACACCAUCCUGAAGGCGCUCUUCAAGUCCUCGGGGGCCUCCACGACCCCACAGCCCACAGAGUUCAAGAUCAAACUCUGAGUAGGGAGUGAGGCAGCCAGAGGGGGCGCAGAGGAGAGCAACUCUGCUUCCCAAAGCGACGCUGGUGACCAGUGGGCCGUGGGGCUGGAGCCCCUCGCAGGGGGUAGAGAGCUUCCUCGCUGGACGGGACUGCCUUUCUGUGACGUGUUCUCCCCUGUGCUCCUUGUACGUUAACAUUCCCUGUAGUGUGUUUCUUCUCCCUCCACCUCCUCACCAAGGUAGGUUCGUGUUGCUCAGAGUGUCUCUCCUACUGACCUCGGCCCCAAACUGAUUUCUUAUCUGGAAAUACGUCCUAAAUUCUCCGUGUGACUUUCUUGUGGCUCUGUGGCAUAUGGGGCGGGGCUAUUCGAAGGACACUCCUUUCUCCAGGGGUAAGGGGCUCGCCUUCCAUUUGUAUUUUUUAACUUUGCAAACAAAAUGGAGAAUGGAAGCCUCUGCCAUCCUGAUGGGGGCCAGGUCAGCUCCAGAGCUGUGCCACCACCCGCCCGGUGGGUGGACGUGGCCAGCAUGGGCGUCAGCUCACAGGCCUCUCAGCCUUUCAGCACAGUGUGGCCUGCGGAGGGCCCUGCUGGUGAGCGUGGUGGCGUGGGGGGCACUGCUGCUCUGCUGGGAAGAGGGCGCCCCAACGUUUGGCCUGAGGGUCCGCACUGCCCCAGGCGAUACCCAAGGCAAUCCCUGGGUCACAUCUCCCAUUCCCACUGGGUUAUGUCAAGGAGGGCCCCCACUCCCGCCAGCUCUUGUGGCCUCUGGUUGUCACUGCUGAGAGGGUUUGCAUCGCUGGUCCUUCAACCUAGGCUGAUCAGCCUAGUGCUAAUCACAUCCUGAUUUUGCUUUCCCCUAGUUCUGUGACAUGGGGUUUGGAGGGUUAUUGAAAGGGGAGAUGUUGGGCUUGCUCCUGGCGCUUUCUUUCUGGUCUUGGAUAUCUAUAGGACAAUAGUUAGGAGUGCUGAGAGCAAAUGUGAUCGUGACCACCGAGGGGCACGAUCUCCAUCAUUAUAAGUGACCCGUCUGUCAGUGACCAGAGAGAGAUCCCUGCCUUGGCAAUAGCGGGGAGGGGAGUGGUGGGUGGUGAGGAGGGAUGGAGAGAGUAGAGCAGCCCUUCCAGGCAGGCAGUGGGUCAGUCCCUCAGCGUGAUUCCAGGGAGCCAGGCAAAUCUGUAGAACCCAGGGCAGCUCUGACAGUAUUGCUCCAGAGACAUUAUCUGUCCUCCACCAGUUUUUUUGGACUGUAAAGGGCCAAGCUGACAAAGCCAGAGAGAGUUGGGGAGCGGGAUUCUGGGAGCUCUGCAGAGGCAGCAGCAAGAUUUGUGAAAGGCACAAGCCUAGAAAAGAAAGGGGGCUGAGGCACUGAGAACCUCCGUUUGGGGCCAGCGCAGUGAAGAAAAACCCAGACAGUCAUGUUUCCACGGAGGUAAAUCUGUCAGACAGGAAAGACCUGGGGUUUGAGCCCGCCCUCCAGUUCUGAGGUUGCCCAGGUCAGUCCGAGGAAUGUGCCUGGUGGUGCUCCACUUCCCUGUUCUUAGAGGGUGCAGGUUUUGUUCCCUUCUUCCCCUUUGAAUGGGUGCACAUUUAAUUCUCAGCAGCUGGAAGACAUUCCUCCUACACUUUCCUGAAACUUCUUGGCCCAGGAGAGCACCUGAGACAGUAAGACCUGAUCUCGCAGGUCUGAGCCCAGUCUGGCCACGGCUGAGCCUUGGCUCCAAAAGGUGGUUGGAAACAUCCUGCCCACCGGUUCUUCCCUCCCCUCCCUCCAGUCCCAUGCCAGCUGCUCUGUUGCCAGAGUUCGCUGAGCCAGCUGCAGCCCUGGCCAUCUGGACCUGAUCCUUGGGACGGCCGUGUGGUCCAUUGUGGGAAGAAGCCUGUCCGCCUCCUCUGGUCUGGAUGGCAUCGUGGAAAAGAGGGAAGAGAAGGCGGUGGGCCAGUCCUGUGUCCUUAACUUGCUACUUCCCUACAUUUUUCCAUCUUGUGUCUCUUCUGUUCAAAAGAAGAGGAAGAGGCCUUAAGGGAUGGAGGAGACUCUGUUACUUAAUACAUUUCUGAAUAAAUGUUUGUUAUUCCUACC